UUCAUCGCUUCCUCCUUCCUCAUCUUUCAUGCAUGUGGUGUGUGUAGAUCUCAGAGGUGUCUCCAGCACUUUGCAAUUUAAACUACAAAAGGAGAAGGGAGCGUUUGGCCACUCAUCUCUUCAGAUCUUUUGUGUCAGGGAGAAAAAAGCGGAAAGAGAAGCGCAAUCAUCCUCACUGAGCUGCUGCAGGAGGUGGAGAAGAAAAGGAAAGCAGGAAAAUCACAAUACUGUAUUGCUUCUUUAGAAUCAGAUGGCGGAAUUUGGCAGCAGAGGGGGAGACACUAGUGGGGGGAGAGCAACGUCCUCCCCAAAUUUGGCACAUGGAAAGGUGGCUUUUAAAGCAGGUGAUGGGGAAGGAGGAGGAGGGGGCAGUGGUAUUGCAAGAAUCCACUUGGAUAGUGCUCGUAAUGGGGUCUCCAAUGGGGAUUGUGCUCUAGUAGGAAACAGAGAACACAUAGACACUCCUCAACCAGGCAGUCCUGCUGUAGAGAGAGGAUGUUCCAAUCUGCACCCAGAAGGCAAAUCUGGUAUUCCCAAGAAAGCCAGCAUUAUCAAGGAUGGCACAAAACAAAAAAGGGAACGGAAAAAAACUGUCUCAUUUAGCAGCAUGCCUACUGAGAAGAAAAUAAGUAGUGCAAGUGACUGUAUCAAUGCUAUGGUUGAAGGUUCAGAACUCAGAAAAGUUCGGUCCAACUCUAGGAUAUACCAUCGAUAUUUUCUUUUAGAUGCAGAUAUGCAGUCACUAAGAUGGGAACCUUCAAAGAAGGAUUCUGAAAAAGCAAAAAUUGAUAUCAAAUCAGUCAAAGAAGUGAGAAUAGGGAAAAAUACAGACAUUUUUCGUAGCAAUGGAAUUUCUGACCAAAUUUCAGAAGAUUGUGCAUUUUCUAUUAUUUAUGGAGACAAUUAUGAAUCUCUGGAUCUAGUUGCAAACACUGCAGAUGUUGCAAAUAUUUGGGUUACUGGCCUAAGGUACUUGAUAUCUUAUGGAAAACAUACACUGGACAUGCUAGAAAGUAGGCAAGAUAAAAUGCGCACCUCAUGGGUCUCCAAAAUGUUUAGUGAAACAGAUAUAGAUCAUAUCGGGUGGAUAUCCUUGGACAAAGCUGUGCAGUUUAUAAAAAAUUUAAAUCCUGGUUUAAAAACAAAUAAAAUUGAAUUAAAAUUCAAAGAACUGCAGCGUUCAAAAGACAAAUCUGAUACAGAAAUCACGAAAAAUGAAUUUAUUGAAGUUUUCCAUGAGCUUUGCACUCGUCCUGAAAUAUAUUUCUUACUAGUUCAGUUUUCUAGUAAUAAAGAAUUUCUUGAUACAAAAGACCUUAUGAUGUUUUUAGAAGCAGAACAGGGUAUGCCUCAUGUCACAGAUAAGACUAGCCUUGAUAUUAUUCACAAAUACGAACCAUCUAAAGAAGGUCAAGAAAGAGGCUGGCUCUCCAUAGAUGGUUUUACAAAUUAUCUUACUUCCCCAGAAUGUCAUAUAUUUGAUCCGGAGCAUAAAAAGGUGUGCCAGGACAUGAAACAGCCUUUAUCUCAUUAUUUCAUAAAUUCUUCUCAUAACACAUACUUAAUAGAAGAUCAGUUUCGAGGACCAUCUGAUAUCAGCGGUUAUAUUCGUGCUCUAAAAAUGGGAUGCCGCAGUGUUGAGUUGGAUGUGUGGGACGGUCCUGACAAUGAGCCUGUAAUUUAUACAGGUCACACAAUGACUUCACAAAUUGUUUUCCGAAGUGUAAUUGACAUAAUUAACACAUAUGCAUUUUUCGCUUCCGAAUAUCCUCUUAUUUUAUGUUUGGAAAAUCAUUGUUCUCUCAAGCAACAGAAUGUGAUGGUCCAGCAUAUGAAGAAAAUCCUGGAGGAUAAAUUGUAUACAAAUCCUCCGAAUACAGAGGAAUCUUACCUGCCAUCUCCUGAAUAUCUUAAAGGAAAAAUACUAAUUAAAGCCAAGAAGUUAUCAUCUAAUUGCUCUGGGCUAGAGGGAGAUGUUACAGAUGAAGAUGAAGGUGCAGAAAUGUCACAGAGAAUGGGAAAAGAUGCAGUGGAAACACAGAAUGUUGUGCCAGUGAAACGGUUUCAGCUUUGUAAAGAACUAUCAGAACUGGUAAGCAUAUGUAAAUCAGUUCAGUUCAAAGAUUUUCAAGUUUCAUUUCAACUUCAGAAGUACUGGGAAUUUUGUUCUUUUAAUGAAGUGCUCGCUACCAAAUAUGCCAAUGAACAUCCUGGAGACUUUGUGAAUUAUAAUAAACGCUUUCUUGCAAGGGUUUUCCCAAGCCCUAUGAGGAUUGAUUCUAGUAAUAUGAACCCACAGGAUUUUUGGAAAUGCGGCUGUCAAAUUGUGGCAAUGAACUUUCAGACACCUGGAUUAAUGAUGGAUCUUAACAUUGGCUGGUUUCGACAAAAUGGCAAUUGUGGCUAUGUGUUGCGACCUGCUAUCAUGCGGGAGGAAGUAUCUUUCUUUAGCGCAAAUACAAAGGACUCAGUGCCUGGUGUAUCACCUCAGCUUCUUCAUGUUAAGAUUAUUAGUGGGCAAAAUUUUCCAAAGCCAAAAUGUUCAGGUGCCAAAGGUGAUGUAGUAGAUCCUUAUGUGUAUGUAGAAAUCCAUGGGAUUCCAGCAGAUUGUGCAGAACAAAGAACAAAAACCAUCCACCAAAAUGGAGACAAUCCUAUUUUUGAUGAGAGUUUUGAAUUUCAGAUUAACCUACCUGAACUUGCUAUGGUACGCUUUGUUGUGUUAGAUGAUGAUUACAUUGGAGAUGAAUUCAUUGGGCAAUACACAAUUCCUUUUGAAUGUUUACAACCAGGUUAUCGUCAUGUCCCACUUCAGUCUCUAACAGGAGAUGCUCUAGCAUAUGCUUUCUUGUUUGUUCAUGUUGCUAUUACUAAUCGAAGAGGUGGAGGGAAACCUCAUAAACGGGGACUUUCUGUUAGAAAAAGCAAGAAAUCCAGAGAAUAUGCUUCUAUGAGGACUUUGUGGAUUAAAAGUAUUGAUGAAGUUUUCAAGAAUGCUCUUCAGCCCAUACGUGAUGCCACAGAUUUGAGAGAAAAUAUGCAGAAUGCAGUAGUUUCAUUCAAAGAGUUGUGUGGGCUUGCUCCUGUAGCAAAUCUUAUACAAUGUAUUCUGGCAGUGUCUAGCCGCUUAGUGAAAUCUGAUAAUACAACCUUGGUUGUGAUAAAUCUCAAUGAUCAGUAUCCCACAAUGGAAUUGCAAGGGAUUGUUCCAGAAGUUUUAAAAAAAAUUAUCACAGCAUAUGAAACAAUGAUUAAUAUGAUAAAGAUUCUGACAGAAAAUGCAGAUACUGUAUAUGAUAAAAUAGUCCAGUGCCAAAAAGCAGCAAUGGAGUUCCAUGAGAACUUACAAAAUAUAGGAGCAAAGGAAGGAUUGAAAGAGAGAAAACUACAAAAAGCAGUGGAGAGUUUUACCUGGAAUAUUACCAUUUUAAAGGGCCAAGCUGAUCUUCUCAAGUAUGCUAAAAAUGAGGCAUUGGAGAACCUAAAGCAAAUCCACGAUGCUGCUGUUUCAUGUGGAUUGAAUAAACCAGUAUCAUCUGCAAAUGUUGAAUCUUCAAAGCCUUGACGAAGCUUAGAAGCAACACCUGAAUAGAUAACAGAAAGAAACUGAGAAUGACAAAAAUUCUCAUUCCUUUGGAGUUUAUAACUCUGUAACUGUUGUAGUUGCACAAGACAUUUUUCUUUGCACUUACUAUUUUUAGUGGGAGGGGGAGGGAGGAAUCCUAGAGUUUUAAAAGCACAACUGGAGAAACUAAUUACAAUUUCUGAAAACUGUGAAUGUAUGUAGCAACUCUAUAGAUGAAGGCAAUUGAAUUUUUUUCAUGGUAAUAAUAUUGCUGGCUAAAG